AUGAUCUCCACCAUCGGUGCCAAGCCCGCUUGCCUCGUCAAUGCGUCUGUCACGUACGUAGGCGAUGACCAGAUAUACGCCUUUGGAGGCUUCGACCAAUACACCGACGAAGUGUACAACCAUGUGCUGCGCCUGAAUCUCACAACACGGCAGUGGAACCUUGUAGACAACUAUGGCGAUAUUCCUGGAGUACGGAUGGGCCAUACAGCGUGUCUGUGGCAGGGCAGCAAGCUCCUGGUCUUCGGUGGAGAGAAUGAGCACCGCCAACACCUCGCCGACGUGAUAGUAUUCGACCUCAAGACCGCGCACUGGACACAGCCUGAGUUACACGGCCCGAUACCCCGCGGUCGCGCUCGUCACUCGGCAGUAAUCCACGACGAUAAACUCUACAUCAGUGGGGGCCAGACUGGACAUGACAGUGUUCUGGAUGAUAUUUGCUACCUUGACCUCAAGACAUGGACGUGGUCGCGAACCUGGAGAUUUGUACCACGAUACGACCAUGCCAGCUGGAUCUGGAACGGUCGCAUUUGGAUCUUCGGAGGCAUCAAUGAUGAAAUGGAGAAGAAUAAUGAGAUCUGGUGGCUCGACCUACGCGGCAGCCCGGAGUUCGAACACGCAAUGAAAUUUGGCACAGGCGAUCGGCAACUGCUCUCGUCGAGGCACCGUUUCCAGGUUCCACCUUCUGGCCAUGUGGCGACUGGCAGCACUGGUUACACUGCUAACUCAAGUGUACAAUCCUACCAUGGCAUGACCUCCAGUCGCUCUCCAUACGUAGCCCCAGGCUCCAUCUCCUCGCUCAAGUUCCACUCCAGUCCAAAUUUACCUUCGCAGGCGGCUGGUACCCACUUCCACAUCUUCUCCUCUGGCUGCAUGCUGGACUUCGUGACACCUGCUGAACUAACCUCCGAGACUAGUCUGUCCAGUUUGGAGCUCGACACCUUACGCUGGCAAAAGCUAGCUGAUGGCAAGGAUCUCUACAGCCCGAACUAUCGCUGGCAUUAUUGUACCACUAAUCCGGAAGGAACUCACGCAUGGCUCCUCGGAAGCCCGAUUGAGGCCGCCGGAGAUGCAAACCACAAUGGCGAGUAUCUUAGUGAUGUACUCGCUCAUCGACUUGCGCAAGUACGGCUUAUCCUAGGCAAUGAGCUGGCCUCCGACUCGCGGUCAAAGAUGAUGCCUGCUUCAGACGCCAAUGUCUCAUCGCACCUCACGGGCAUUGGUGCUGACCUCUCAUUGACUUUCGACCAACCUCCCGAGAGUGGUAGUGGAGCUGACUUUAUCAUCACCGCCGACCCUGAUGAAGAAGAUUAUGUCGACGUGUCAUCCGCUAUAGAAGCCGGUCCGUCCUCCACAUCUACUGCCAUCGGUGCCGUCUCCCGACCAAUCCACGUCCACAAGCUCAUCCUCCACGCUCGCUGGCCACACUUCGCCCGUCUCUGGAGCGCUCAAAUGUCCGAAUUCCACUCUAAGAAGAUGCACAUCCCCGAACCAUACUCGGCAGUGCGCGCUUUCCUCUUCUACCUCUACACCGACAGCAUCGCACCCAACCCGCAGAACGGACCAAGUCUAAGUGACGUCGCGGGCAUGUUGGUCAUGAGUAACAUCUACGACAUGCCCCGCCUGCGCCUCCUCUGCGUCAACCGCCUCGGCCGGGAACUCGACAUCGAACACGCAGCCGUCAUCUGGGAGCGCGCUGCCACGGCCGGCGAAGACUGGCUCAAACAGCGCGCUGCCGCAUACUGCCUACAAAACUGGGGACGCCUUGUCCGUACGAAUGGCUUCCGCAACCUCAAUCCCGCCAGCUUAAUCGAGUUGUGCUGCGAAUCGGGCCCCGAGGCUCGCGUCGUUGGCGGUGAGGAUCUCGAGCUCCUGAGCCAGGUUACAGGCCGCUCGUAUGGCGCGGGCACGACGAGGAAGAGGAGUCUGGGCAGUGCGGGGGUGCUUACUGGGGGUGAAGAGGAGGGCGACGAGGAGGUUGAAGAUGAUGGUAUGGAUGUUAACUAG